GCUUGGGAAUACUGUAAGCAGGCAAACAUCAGUGCUUGUGCAUUGACCGAGAACGCGGAAAGUACGAUUGUGUUGCUGUACAAUCCUCUCGGACACAGCUCGAACGAUUUCGUACGGCUGCCGGUGAAGGAAGAUCACUAUUUGGUGCGGAACGAUCGCGGACAGACGGUUCUAUCCACCUUGAUCCCGAUCCCGAGCUCAGUGAUCGAUCUUCCGUUCCGAGAAAGCGAGGCUACCCAUGAGCUUGUGUUCCAGGGUGAACAAGUUCCACAAGUUGGCUAUAUGGCGUACUAUGUAUCGAAGGAGGAGUCCAAGGCCUCGUCGUCCUCUGCAGAGAUGCGCCAGGACGAUAAUGUGAGCAUCGGCAACGAGCAUCUGACGGUACACUUUGACGAGAACGGAUUCAUGAGCUCGAUAACGGUGCAGGGGGAGACCCAUGCUUUGAAGCAAAACUUCUUGUACUACGAUGGAGCUCUUGGAAACAAUGAGGAGUUUCGCAAUAGAUCAUCUGGAGCGUACAUCUUCCGGCCAAACGGUACCGAAAAGACUGUGACCGAUGUGGUUGAGAUUCAGGUGGUGAAGAGCGAUGUCGUCCAGGAAGUGCAUCAGAUAUUCAACGAGUGGAUCAGUCAGGUGAUUCGAGUGUAUGCAGGGCAAGAGCAUGUAGAGCUGGAAUGGUUGGUGGGACCAAUCCCGAUCGAUGAUGGUAUCGGCAAGGAAAUAAUCUCUCGCUUUGAAUCUGACAUCAAGAGCGAUGGUGCGUUCUGGACGGACUCGAAUGGACGAGAAAUGCUGCGUCGUGUCCGCAACUAUCGUGAGACGUGGGAACUAGAUUUGGCAGAACCAAUCCCUGGUAAUUACUAUCCAGUGACAACCAAAAUCGUCAUUGAAGAUGAACAUCAGCGCUUGAGCUUGUUGAACGAUCGUGCCCAGGGUGGAUCCAGUCUGGUAGAUGGUCAGCUCGAGCUGAUGGUUCAUCGUCGGUUGCUUCGCGACGAUCGGUUCGGUGUAGGCGAAGCUCUGAAUGAAACCCAAUUUAAUACCGGCCUCGUUGCACGAGGAAAGCACUGGCUAGUGUUUGGUUCAUCACACAUCGAUACUACUCCUACACAAGCAGCCAAAGAACGCUUUCUGCAGAAUAAGGUCCAUCUACCAUCGUGGAUUUUUGUGACUGCUUCUGAAAAUUUCAGCUUCGAUCAGUAUCUUAAUGAAUUUGAGAAAAAUUUCACUUUCCUUGCAAAUCCUCUGCCUCCCAACGUUCAUUUGCUCACGAUGGAACCGUGGAAAGAUGAUGCCGUUUUGGUAAGAUUCGAGCAUUUGUUCGCAAAGGACGAGGAUCCACAGUAUUCGGUGCCGGUGCAGAUCGAUGUCCAGGAUCUGUUCGCUGGUGUAGAUGUUAUUAGUUUGCGUGAAACUACUCUGGCAGGUAAUCAGUGGAAGGAGGAAUCAAAACGCAUGAGUUAUGGACUGGGAGGAAAGGAACAGACCAGCCCAAAACAGAGGAACAAUAACGAUCAAUUCCUCGUCGAAGUGAAACCGAUGGAAAUUAGAACAUUCGUUGCUCAUUUUGAGAGGAAAUUGAAAAUUUAA